AUGAUCGAUGAGACGCUGUAUUUGACCACCCACGAGACCGCUUUGGCGGUGGUGGCCACAGCGAUGAAAAAAGCAAGACUUUCUCUCGAUACACUCAUAAUAAACUCAUUUAUGGGUGGCUUGCUCUUUACUUCGGGAGGAAUGCUUCAUGUGAUGAUAGUAUCUGAGUGUCCAGAAACGUGGAAAACAAAUCCAGGUUUUGUUCUACUACUACAAGGUCUCAUGUAUCCUAUUGGUCUUUUUUACGUCGUCAUCAUGGGUGUUGAUCUAUUCAACUCCAACAUCUUAUUUUUCCUGGUGGGUUUAGCUCGCAGAGCCGUUACAGUGCUAGAUCUUCUAAUAUCAUGGUUCGUGAGCUGGUGGUUUAAUUUAGUGGGUAAUAUAUUCGUUUGCUACAUCAUCUCGCAUUACUCGAAGGUGUCAGCCACACCUGCGAUGAUCGAAGGGUCCCGUUUGAUCCUCGAUCAAAAGGCAGCUCCUGCCUUCCAUGAAACACUCAUCAAGGGAAUGGCAGGUAAUUUCUUCGUUUGCUUGGCCAUAUACCUUCAGCUUAUGGCUAAGCCUUUGCAUGUCAAGUUCUUGAUGAUGCUACUUCCAAUCUUCACAUUUGUGUCUCUUGGUUUCAGUCACACUGUUGCCGAUAUGUUUGUUGUGAUUAUCGGCCUAAUAAACCACGGCCAUGUUUCUGUGGGUACUGUGGCGUGGAAAGUUUUGCUACCGGCUACCCUAGGCAAUAUCAUUGGUGGUGCCUUCUUUGGUUUGGUGAUCCCGUGGUAUCUUCACUUGUAUGUCGUGGAAAGAGACCAGCGUAAGCUUCACUUGCCACUGUACGAGAUGAGAGACGAGCAGCCUGAGUUGAACCAGGACUCCAGAGUGGUGCGGGUAAUGCCUCACGACGAAGAAGAAGCUGAGGAGGAAAACGAACUCGAAGAAAUGAGAAGGGCUUCGCGCGAGGAAAAAGGUGAUUCUGAUUCACUUAAUAGCUCCAAACUCGGGGUUGAGCCAAAGGAGCCUGUCCAUGCAUUAUAUAGACAACCCACGACUCGCUCUCAGCGGUCACUUCGCAGGAAGAAGUCCCACAAGUCUCCAGCAAACGUUUUUCCCGUUUAUGGCAUGGAGAGUCCUCGUGACCGAGAAAGAUCCAUUGCAUCAGGGAAAUAUAGCAGCGAGGAUUACUACGAUACAUCGAACCAUGAUGAAGAUGAAGAUGAGAGUGGAGCUGAGUUUCUUGCUGAGCAUCUUCGCAGGACGUUGUCUCGACAGCCAACGAAACGAUCAAAGGAAAGAGAAAGAGACCUCGAAUCACAGACGCUGCCAACUGUGAGAAGACAGUCUAUUUCGACCAUCAACCUUCCAAGACAGCUCACACGAUUUUCGUUUGCAAGUAAUCGGAGGGGUCACAGAGAUGAUCUUGACGAACUCAAUUCCAAGUUCACCAAGGCCGGUAUCACAGAGAAGGCCGCCAAUGCGGCAAAUGAAGCAGCGGGUACUUCCGACUUUAUUGGACGUGACCGUGCUCAACCCAUGAUGAUGGCCCGCUCACAGUCAACCGUGGGACCCACCUCGACGUCAGACGAGGGACGUGCAAGCACACCUGCCUCCACCGUAACAGUUCAACAGUGGGACCCAUCUGGGCGCUCGAGAGUAGAAAGCGAGCCAAAGCAUAAUUCAUAG